AUGUCUCCAGCUACGCUUGUUUCAUCCUCUUGUAAGGCAUUGGGCGCGGACCGGGUUCGCUGGUACCGCCACAACCCCUAUGGUCCUUACGUUUCGGAGCCAGUGUCCGCCGUAACUUGCGCUCCUGCCAUGUUUACCGCCGCCUUGGAUCCUCCUUCCCUUGCGGAGAUCAGCCUGAAAGCUAAAGCAACGGAUGCAUCGCCAACUGAGAAUACAAAGGAGACUGUUGGUUGCACCGGUCUGCUGGGGUUUAAGUACGGAGUGAAAAGGUUCCAUGCUCCCUUUGGCGUUCAGGUGGGAGAUGCGUUGGUCACGGAGGGGGACCGCGGUGAGGACCUUGGCUUUGUCAAGCUCGUUGAACCUUUCUCAGGCAAGCCGAGCCGGGAUGGAGUGAGAGUGCUUCGCGCAGCCACGCCUGAAGACCUUGAAUGCCACAAUGCACUUGCUGAAAAGGAGAAGAUGGCGCUUAGCACCAUGUGCAUGCUUGCAUGGAAGGUAAGGUGUCCUGCAUAUAUUAAGGACGUCAUGUAUCAAUUUGACGGUCGCAAGAUAACCGUUAUUAUUGCCAGGAAAUCAGGAUCGUUUGUCGAUUUUCGACGCCUUCAGCGAGCAGCCUUUGAGGUGUUUUGUUGCCGCGUGUGGUGUGCGUAUCUUGAUGAGAUUGUUGUGCCACAAGCGAAUGACGAUACAAGUGGCACUCCUCCACCGUCACGACAAAGUGCCAUACACAGGCGAGGAAACUCUUGUUCAGGGAGGAUGCUGCAAGAAGCUCGUGAAGCGCACGCCCACGCAUAG